AUUGAUUGUGAAGUGAAAAGAAUGUGAGGUGGAUUGGAUCCUGAGUAACGAAUCACAGUGGCUUGCGAGUUCAGAUGCGCCUCUCAAUAAUAUUGCCCUACAUAUGCCCCGCCACUCCCAAUUUCAUACAGUCGCCGCCGCCGCUUUUAUCUCCGAUUCGCCAUGGGUCAAGUUCUCGACAAAUAUGAAGAUGUGUGGCGUAAUGUAGGCAAGGAGCUGAGAGUGAAACAGACACGACAGAUAACUGACAAGGUGUACGAUCGAUUCAAAAAUGAGUCAGACAAAGUGAAUUUGAGUUUUGAAGAUCUAUAUAUUUCUGUGUUGCUUAUAUUCAAUGAUAUAAACAAGCAUUUGCCAGGACCUCACAUAGACCCCCCUUCCAAAGAACAAGUUAGAUCGUUGAUGAAGAAAUAUGAUUUCAACUUUGAUGGGGAACUAAACCGUGAAGAGUUUAUGGAAUUCAUUCUAGAACUGACUAAAGACACAUUCUUUAGCAUUAGUCAAAAGCUGGUGACUACAUUGGCGAUAGCACCGACUGUGGCUUUGCUCACAAAGAAGUCAACAGAGGGUGUACCUGUGAUCGGGAAGGUGGUACAGAAGUUACCCAGUUCUGUUUAUGCAUCCCUUGUCACUCUCGCUAUAGUUCUUUUUCAGAAAUCAACUGAAGACAAAUAACAAAAGAAAAGACUUCUUCUUUGCGUUGUAAAUGAAUUCUAUUCUGCAGUUUAUUUCAAUAAUACGCCCUGCAGACUUUGUUGGCUCUGGUUAACCGGCCUUUGUAUGUCCAUAUAUUCUUUGUAAAUUAUUGGAAGUUGAAACUUUUGUGUUUAAAUUGAUUUGGUAUUUUAGUUUAUUAUCACGAGUCCUUGAAGAAGAUA